AUGAAUAGUUGUUCAAAUCAUAAUAAAUUCUUCGAAUUAAUAUGCAAUGAUUGCAAUGUUUUGAUGUGUUCUGCAUGUGCACCACAACACAAACUUCAUUCAUUCGAGCAUAUCGAUGCAAUAAAAUCAGAAAUAAAUAAUCAUAACAAUAUCAAUAAUAAUAGCAACAUACCAUCAUUUCUCGAUAUUCAGUCAAAGAUUAAAAUAACAUUCGAUUCACUAAAGUCAGCAGUCAAAGAAUAUGAACAAUUACAACAAACAGAAGAUGAGAUAUCGAGUAGAUUCAAAGAGCUACAUGAAUUCCUUGUUGUUGAAGAACACAAACUAAAGAAACCGAUCAUCGACAACAAACAACAAUUGCAACAAUACGUAGAAAGUCAAAUCACAGUCAUGAAAUCAUUGAAUUUAAUGAAUCAUCAAUUAAACCAAUUCAUUGCUGACUCUGAUACUGAUAAUAUUCAACCAAAUCUACCAACAACAGCAACAACAGCGACAUCUUUAUCAUCAUCAUCAUUAUCACCAGAUACAACGGAAAGUUAUCAAACUUCGACAAUAAUAAAAUCAAUAUCACAAUGUUCUGACCACAAAGAAUUUAUUCAAAACAAUAACAAUACAUUGUUCGAUUUGACUUAUCAUCUUCAGAAUUUUUCUGAUAAAACUAAAAAAGAUGACUAUUCUUUAUUAAACCUUAUUGUCGAGCACAACAAUAAAUUGAAAUCGAACAAUCACAAUAAUGUAAAACCCAACCAACUACAAAAAUAUCAACUAAUUCCCAAUGAUCAACAACUUCAUCUAAUCAAAAAUCAACUUCAAUCCACUUUCAAACUUGCAUUCCAACUACCACAGUCAUGUAUUUUAUCAACCGAUGUCAAUGGUAAAAUAUCAGUCAUAGAUAUAACAGAUCAGAAUAAUAUACAUUUUAUACAAAAAGACAUUUCCACCAACGGUUCAAAGAUUACAUAUUUCUCUUGUGUUGUUGUUGGUAACCAUUUCUAUAAAUUUGGAAGUGGAGUUAGCACUAAAAAUGUUCGAAAAUAUUUCAGAUAUUCAAUCGACAACCAAACAUAUGAUGAAAUUGAAAUGAAAGGGAUCGAAGAAUUAAAUUUGGUGUCAGUUUGUUAUGAUGGUAAAGAUCAUAUCUAUUUUUUGGAUGUUCACAGCAAAACAAUAGUUAAUAUCUACAGGUUCAAUAUCAACAAUUCAACAUUUGAAAAAUAUUCAACUGCCUAUAUAUCAAGUUCAACUUUCCAUCAUUUAGCUUUCCACUACAACAACUGCAUUUAUAGUUAUAUUCCAGCAGAUAAAAAGAUUAUUAAAUUCGAUAUAAACAUCAGAGCAACAGUUGAAUUACCAGUUGAAUUGCCAAUUUUCCAACAAAAAGCAACAUGUACCGAUGGCAAAGGUAAUUUAUUUGUUCUAACAAAUACCGGAUUUCACCAGAUCAAUAUUGAAACCAAUGAAUUUAAACAAUUGGAUAACUCGACAGCUAAUAUGAAUAUAAACACCCAUAAUUUGAUUUACCAUCAAGGAAAUGAUCAAAAGAGAUAUAUCUACUCACUUCAAGGAAAGAGUCAAAAUUAUAGAUAUUCAUUUGAACACAAUCUAUGGGAAUCAAUACUGUACGAUGACCAAGCUGAAAGUCGUACCCCACUUAUUUCAGUUUUUACAAAUUUCGGAAAAAUAAAAAAUGAAAAAAAUUUGAAAAAAAUUUGA